CAGCAACAACACCCAUCAUAACAGAGUCGCAACCUGUUUUCCAAAUCAGAAUCCCCUUCACUAUGUCUUCAGCAAACCUCCCGGUGAUUGUUAUCGUUCCAGGUGCCUACGGCACACCCGAAGGGUUCGAGAAAUUGCAACCGUACUUGAGCCAAGCCGGAUACGCAACACACCCCGGAUCAUACCCCAGCUGCAAUCCCUCGGAUCCGGCCAACGUGUCCUCUGCCCAAGAUUCUGCUUUCUUGCGCGACAAUGUCUUACUCCCUCUUUUGGACGAACAAGGUAAAGAUGUCGUCAUCAUCGCACACUCAUACGGGGGUGUAGUUGCCGGCGGCGCAGCAAGAGGACUUGCAAAGGGAACGAGAAGAGCCCAGGGUCAAGCGACUGGCGUCAUCGGCCUUAUCUACGUGGUGGGCAAUAUCGCCCUUGAGGGAGAGUCGCUCUUGACUGCUGUAGGCGGCGCUUACCCUCCUUUUAUCACGGCCGACAAGCCUUCGCAGGGACUUUCUCUCAUCGAACCAGCAAUGGAUAUUUUGUACAAUGACUGCGACCGUGCCCUGGAGCCGGAAUUGGCGAAGUUCAUGCAGCCACACGCACUCCGAGCCUUUGUGACCCCCGCCACUGCCCCGGCCUGGGCGGAGAGUGCGUUCGAUGGGAGGAGGGCGUAUGUGCGUGCACUGGACGACUGCUGUAACCCUGUGUCGUUGCAGGAUCUGUGGCUGGAGAAGUCCAAGGUCGAGUGGGAAGUGGUGGACUUUAAGACCGGACACAUGCCAUUUGUGAGCCAGCCUCAGGCUUUGGCGGAGCAGAUCAUCAAGUUCAUUGAUGAAUUUAUUGCAAAGUAAAUGGUGACGAAUUCGGUGCCCACAGCGUGGUGCAGAAAUCCAAAUACAUAUCGGCCAAGUUGUUGUGCUCGACAGAUUGUUGCUACCAAUUGAC